GUGGCAGUCGGCAGUCCCGCUCCGGCAUCCCUUCCCUUCCUCUCCUCACCCCCUACGCCAAAGCAAACGUUAGAAAUACCUCCGGCCACCACCCGCUUUAUUUCGUAGCACCGCCGCCAGGGUCGCCGCCCCAUGGUCAUCUCGGCGGAGACGACACCACGGCGACCGGAUACCGCAGUGGCCUCGUCGGCGGCGGUGACGGAAGCUACGCCCCCUCGAGGGGAGGCGCAGGGUAGCCUCCUCCACCACUUUUCCUUCCCCAUCUUGAACACGUGGGGGAACCACAGCGCGCUACGUUGCAUGAGCGUGAACGGCAAGGAGGAGAUCGUCGCUGGUGGCGGACGGAGAUCGACGGCGUCCCCCGUGGAGACGCCAGAAUCGCGGAUCCGUGCCUCUGAGACUGGCCCCGGCGACGACCCUAGGAUAGAGGAGGUCAGAGAGAAGCUUAUGGCUCACCUUCGGGAGGCGGCGGACCGGAUGAACCUGGUGGUCCAGCUUCUGCCGAAAGGUGGGGCCGACGAGGCGGAGCCGGCGCCAGAGGCGAGGUUGGAUCCCAAGGCCGACGCGUCGGCGGUGCCGGCGGCGCUUCCCUGGAAUCUGAGGACGAGGCGAGGAGCCGCGAGGGCUCCGAUGGAAAUCCAGCGGCACCUAAGCUUGCGCCCGCAAGCGGUGUGGCGCAAGUCGGAGGACGCCGAGCGGCGGCAGCGGCCCAAGUUUUCGAUCUCGCUCACCAGAGAAGAGAUCGAGGAGGACAUAUACGCGAUGACGGGGUGCAGAGCUCCCCGGCGGCCAAGAAAGCGGGCGAAGGUCAUCCAAAACCAGCUCGACUCGUUGUUCCCCGGGUCGUGGCUGUCGGAGAUCACCGCCGACUCCUACAGGGUUCCUGAUUAGAGGUACGUGUACCUCCGGUGACUUGAUACCUACUUCUCCGCCAAACUCCCUUCACCUCUCUCUCUCUCUCUCUCUCUCUCUCUCUCUCUCUCGGGUUGCUAGCUUCAAAAUCCGCGGCCGCCGCCGUUGAUUCUAAUUCGAUCAAAAGAAAAUUCUGCUUUUUCAUUAA